CACAGAGAUAAAUUAGUUCUCGCGUGUCCUCUUCUCUUCUCCGAAUUCAUCUUCUCAUCGAUCUGCGUCACUACCAACUUCGACACUUACAUUUCCAGUACUGCGUUCACAACGGAUAGAUUCAAUAUGGCAGAACAGUGGGAACAGGCUUUCAAGGGCUUCGGCGAGAAGACCUAUACCAUUGCUCAGGCACUUCAGAAUGCAAAUGAGGGGGAUGAUUUGAGCGAGACCUUGAAGGAAAUCAAGGAAGCCCACGACGAGCUUCUGAAGGAAUCGAAGAAGCUGCCGACAGAUGUUGUCGAUGUCGACGAUGAGUCUGCGCAGGCUGACCUGAAGAAUGCCGCGAACGAUGUCGUUAUCGCCUCGAACAAACUCAUCGCAGCCGCACAGGAGAAGGCAGAUGUCUUCCGGCCCAACAAGGAUCUUGGAAAGAUUGUCAACAAGACCGUCUUGACGAACAGCUCUGUGCUCGAUGCAGCGUACCCUCUGACCAACCCAUAUGCGCCGGAAAUCCAGGGCCAGACGAAGAAGUGCCAGUCCGAGGCUGUGAGGGUUAUGAAGCUUCUUGGAGAGCCAAAGGAGGAAUAAUGGUGUAGAUAUGAAGCAAGCUGAACAUGCUUUUCAAAGCUGUGGAUCAGGAUAGAGAGAUACAGAAGUAGAAAGACAACCCAAGCC